AUGCUACCUUAUUUCGACUAUCAAUUUCGUGUUAUCAUAAUUGGUGAUAGUAUGGUUGGGAAAUCCUCCUUAAUGAAAAGUUUCGUAGAAGGGAAUUUCACUCCUGUUUCAGAUCCCACUAUUGGAGUUGAUUUUUUCUCACGAACUGUUCGAAUCCAAGAGGAGGUCUUCGUUAAGUUGCAAUUAUGGGAUACUGCAGGUCAAGAAAAGUUUAGAACAAUAACUUCGUCUUAUUAUCGCAAUUGUGUUGGUGUUGUAGUUGUGUUCGAUCUUACUGACAGAGAGACAUUUGACCAUGUUGCUGAUUGGUAUGAAGAAGCUCGUGGUUCAAUUAAGUGCUCUGCUCCUGUGUUUAUAAUAGUUGGUCAUAAAGCUGAUCGUCGUGAUGAAAGACAAGUUACCAAAAUUGAAGCAGAGUCUCUUGCACAGCGACUUGGUGAUUAUAUCUACAUUGAGACAUCUUCACUUACUGGCCAAAAUAUUGAGAAAACUUUUGAACUACUAGCUGAAGGCAUUUACUCCAAUGUUAUUAAAGGAAGUUACAAUGAGUUAUGCGCAGGUGGUGUUUGGGAUGGUGUUAAACAAGGACAUAAUGCAGCAUUGGCUGCCUCUUUAGCAAGUAGAUCAAUACAAUUUGAUAGAAAUGAACCGAAACCUUAUGGUGAUUGUUGUUAA